AUGGAUCUGUCAAGAAAACCCACAAACUCGAAUACUCAGCGCCUACCUCCCCCAGCCCUUUUUCAGGGUCCACCAUCACACAAUGCCUCUAAUAUCUCAUUAUCCGUACCACCUACAGGCUCAUCAUUAACAACCGCCUCCGGCAGCCAACCUUCACCUCUGCAUCGGAAUCGGUCAGCUCUCGCCGAGGGUGAAACCCCUGAGAAGGCAAGCUUGUUAUCACCUUUAAUAUCGCGCCGCCCCUCCAAAAAUGAUGUAGAUGGAUCCGACGCCAUCUGGCAGGAAAUGCAGAGUGCCCUGUCAGAAGUUGAACUCAGCGCCGUGACGAGCGAAAAUGUCUUCGGUGCAAAGCACUCUGAAGCGUUGGAAGAUCUACGCAUGAAACAGUUGAAGCUCGCUCAAGCCUGGGCCCGCAGCGAGGCAGACGAUGAAGUUGUGGAUCCUGGCCACAGCGGUGCCGAUAGAGCCAGUGGGAAAACUAGCUCAGCGCGGGGAGGUAUUGGAGAAUCGAACCAACAACAUGAUGCAGUGAUGGAGAGUAGCGCAGGCCACGGCUCGGUGUUGCACCGCACACUGGACGAGGAGACUGAGAAAGACAUUAGUCUUGCGCGAAAGCGCCGCGAGGCCAAUGACCGGUACUUUGAUCGUGUCAACCAGGGCGUUUUAGAUGUUGUUGCUAAAUUGGAGGAGGUAGCUCAGGCUAUGCGCGCCGUUGAGCGGGAAAGCAAGGAUAUCUGGAGUGAUUCGGAGAGUGCCACAACAAGUGCGCCGUCAUCAACCCAUACAAGUUGA